GCGCCAUCCUGAAAGAAUGCCUUCACUGUAAAAAAAAAAAAGGGGCUGGAGAAAGAGAGCAAGAGAGAGAGAGAGAGGUAGACUAGAGCAAGGGUGAGAGAGUCAGAGCCACACGGAGCCAGAGAGCGAGAGAGAGAGAGAGAGAGCGAGAGAGAGAGAGCGGAGUUAAUGGAGAGGGAUACAACUGCGCACAAACACAGAUUUGAUCAGUGAGUUUAACUUGCUGGUGCUGGUCAGUGCGCAGCGAUCGAGCCCGCGCGCCCUCGACUCAAAACCUCCACUUUACUUGUUGAGCCGGACUCGAACACACAUACACACACACACACACCGAGACGAGGAAGAAGUUCAGGAACCGUGCGUCGGGCUGCUGGAUUCCAUUUUGGACGUUAUUUAUAUGACAACACCGUUGUUGCAUUUGUAAUGUGGGGUGACCAGAAGCGAGCGCGGAACCUGUGGAUUUAACGAGAAUAAACACGGAUUUGGGACAGACUCUUUCUUCUCUUGUGACGUGCACCGGUUUGCUUCGGCGUGCAUGAACAUUUUCUGAAGAAGAAACCCCCCCACUCACACGCACACACACAGAAAACAAGAGAAAAAGGCAAAGCGAUGGAAGUAAGUGCGGAUCAGCCACGAUGGAUGAGCCAUCAUCCCGCGGUGUUGAACGAGCAGCAUCCCGGCUCACACCACCCGGGCCUCGGCCACUCAUACAUGGACCCUUCCCAGUAUCAGCUCGCUGACGAUGUGGAUGUACUGUUUAAUAUCGAUGGACAGGGGAACCACGUCUCUCCAUACUAUGGAAACUCUGUCCGAGCCGUCCAGAGGUACCCUCCUCCUCCUCACAGUAGCCAGGUGUGCCGUCCCUCAUUACUGCACGGCUCCCUGCCCUGGCUGGAGGGGAGCAAAGGCAUCGCCCCGCACCACAGCACUUCUCCCUGGAACCUGAGCCCCUUCCAAAAGAACCCCCUGCACCACGGAUCCCCGGCCAGCCUGUCCGUCUACCCCUCGGCCUCCUCCUCCUCCCUGUCCACCGGCCACUCCAGUCCGCACCUCUUCACGUUUCCCCCCACCCCACCGAAAGACGUGUCCCCGGACCCGGGCUUAUCCACCCCGGGCAGCAGCUCCGGGCGGCAGGAGGACAAAGAGUGCAUAAAGUACCAGGUGACCCUGGCCGAGAGUAUGAAACUGGAGUCAGCUCACAGCCGGAGCGUGGCCGGGUCAGGCUCCCACCAUCACCCCAUCGCCACAUACCCACAAUAUGUCCCCGAAUACGGGCCAGGCCUCUUCCCACCAAGUAGCCUGAUAGGUGGGUCAUCUUCUAGUUAUGGUUCCAAAACAAGACCAAAAACAAGGUCCUGUUCAGAGGGCAGAGAGUGUGUGAACUGCGGGGCCACGUCGACCCCCCUGUGGCGGCGGGACGGUACGGGUCACUAUCUGUGUAACGCCUGCGGACUCUAUCACAAGAUGAACGGGCAGAAUCGCCCCCUCAUCAAGCCCAAGCGGCGGCUGUCGGCAGCCAGGCGGGCGGGGACCUCAUGUGCAAACUGUCAAACGACAACGACGACGCUGUGGCGGAGAAACGCCAACGGGGACCCGGUGUGCAACGCCUGCGGCCUCUACUUCAAACUGCACAAUAUCAACCGACCUCUGACCAUGAAGAAGGAAGGCAUCCAGACCAGGAACCGGAAGAUGUCCAGCAAGUCCAAGAAGAGCAAAAAGUCCCAAGACACCAUGGACGACUUCUCCAAGAGCCUGAUGGACAAGAGCAGCUCCUUCAGCCCGGCCGCCCUCUCCCGCCACAUGUCGUCCUUCCCGCCCUUCUCGCACUCCGGCCACAUGCUGAGCACCCCCACACCCAUGCACCCUUCCUCCGGCCUCUCAUUCGGCCCCCACCACCCCUCCAGUAUGGUCUCAGCCAUGGGUUAGACCCGUGCUUCACUUCGUUAACCCCCCCCCCCCCCGGCCCCACCACCACCACCACCAUCCCCCUCGGUACCUGACCUGCUUCCAUCUCCUCACAGACAAACAGACUGCUCCACCUAAGCUCCAGGUGCUCUAGGCUCCUUUGCCCUCAGUUGUAUCUUAUUUUUAUAAAAAUCACAGCGAUGUGAAUUCUUUGCAGACUUGACUCGACUGCGGCUUCGACCUCCAGGGGGAAGAUUUCUUUAUUUCCCCUCCAACCAGGGAGAGAAAGAACCAUCUCUCCCCGAGCCGCCGCCACCACCACCACCACCACCACACCGAGGCUUCCCUCCCAGUGAUCCACACCAUGAGGAGCUCCAUUUGUGUACAAAAAGCCAUUUUUCCAAACCCAGACUUCACAGAAACAGACUUUACAAGGACUUGUUCGACGCCCUCUCCCUUCACCUCCACCCCCGCCUCUCCUCACCGUGCACCUGUGUAACAGGAACCCCCGCUCCCCUUCCUCUUCUUCUUCCUCUCACUCCUCUUCCUCCGCUGAAGACGAGGAGAGACAGACAUUGAAUAUAUUUGUACAAAUUGUAUGAAAUACAGUACAUUUAAUGAAGACUUUUUAAUUAAGUAAGAAAAAAAGGAAACUUGCCCGUGGGCAGCUAACGACGAGAAGGGUACGAGUCGCAGCAGGUGGAGAGACUUUGCCGCCGGAGGAGAGAGGAGAGGAGAGGACGCCUCCGAGUCCUGGAGGAGAGAGAGAGCGGGAGGAGGAGGUUAGAAGACGAGACACUUCAGAGAAAGGGCAGGCCUCGCUUUUUGCCUGCGUGAAUUGUGUUGCAUUAAGUUUGCAGAGCGUCAGCAGCUCUGGCUGCAGGCGUCUCGCCUUUUUUUUUUUUUUGGAUGUGCUAUAGGUCUCGGGCAAUUGGUUUGUGUUGAUGCGUGCACAUACACACACACACACAGACACACACACACGCACACACACACACACACACACACUUGAUCACCUGAAAGACUUUCUUCCUGCCCACAGAUUAUAUGCAUUGUGAAAAAAGUUCCUGUAUUUGUUAUUUGUAUGUAUAAAUCAGAGUACCAAAAAUACGAAAGAAACAAAGAUGUAGAAUUAUUUCCUUAUGUUAUGCAGACUGAAUGGUUGUAAAAAUUUAAUAAUAAUCACUAGUGUAAAAUAUGACUGCUUUUUGUUUCGUAUUUUUUUUCCCUCUUUGAAAAUAAUAAACUAGUUUAAUCUCUGUUGACAUGUUA